CCCUCAAUGCCGUGCCUGUCACAGGAAACCCAGAGACCAGCUGCCACUGAACAUCCCCACUCCCGACAUUGUUGACUCCCAGUGCAAGAUCCUGCGCUGCAAUUCCGCAUACGUGGCCUCCACAUCCGACCUGCGUGGCCCCAACAAGAGCGCGGCCUACUGCAACGCUUUGCGCUCCUACGCCCGCUGCACCCGCCGGAUGGCCCGCACCUGCCGCGGGGACCUCGCCUACCAUUCGGCCGUCCACGGCAUUGAGGACCUCAUGGUCCAGCACGGCUGCUCCAGGGAAGGGCCCACCUCACCCCCACGGCCCCCCCAGCCGCCGGCCCCCAACCCCCAAGCCUUCGGAUCCCCGGACUUCUGCGAUUACGAGAAGCGGUUUGCCAUGAAACAUGGCCGGCCCCCUCUGUACCAGCACUGUGCUGCCUUUGGGGACCCCCACGUGCGCACCUUCCACGACGAAUUCCACACCUGCCGAGUGGAGGGCUCCUGGCCCCUCCUGGACAAUGACUACCUGUUUGCACAGGCAACGAGCUAUCCCGUGGCGAAAGGGUCGAAUGCCACGGCAACCGGCAAGCUGACGAUCAUCUUCAAGGACGUGAAGGAGUGCAUCGAGCAGAAGGAGUACCAGGCGGAAAUAGACAACUUGCCGGCCGCUUUUGCGGAUGGCUCCAUGAAUGGUGGAGAGAGGCCCGGAGGGAGCAGCCUGGCCAUCCAUGAGCGUGUCCCCGGGCGGCACGUGGAGAUCCGUGCCGCGUACAUCGGCACCACCAUCGCCGUGCGCCAGGCGGGGAGGCAGCUUUCCUUCUCCAUCCGGGCCGCCGAGGAGGUGGCACGCUCCUUCACGGAGGAGCAGGACCUGCAGCUGUGCGUGGGGGGCUGCCCGCCCAGCCAGCGCCUCUCCCGCAGCCAGGGCAGCUGCACCGGCGGCGCCAUCCCUGCGGAGAAGGCCCAUCGGCUGUGCAAGGAGAAGCUGCCAGUGGAGGACGUCUACUUCCAGUCGUGCGUCUUUGACGUGGUGGCUUCCGGCGACACCAAUUUUACUUUGGCCGCACACGGGGCGUUGGAGGACGCCCGCAUGUUCCACCCGGAUGCCAAGAAACUCCACCUCUUCCAAAACAGUGCUGCCUGCGCUUGCUGUGGCUCACACGUUUCCUUCUUCCUCCUCACCACGGCUGUCGCCUCGGUUCUUCCCCUGCACUUUUAAAGGUCUGUGUCCAUCGGUGACAAGUUGUGUCGUGCCACUUCAAGAGGCCGGGCAAGCAGGCUUGGGGUCCCAGAAGGGCACCCGCGGGUGGAGGCACAGAGUGGGAGAGCUACAAAGGGCACAGACCGACCAGGGGCACUUCAGGCCUUUUUAGAGAGGGGGAAGUCGAGGGCCAAACUAGAUGCGAUGCCAACCCCACAUUCACUUUUGUCGCGCUGGGCAGAGCCCUUUAAGAGUGCCUCGGGGGCCCGAUUCUGGUUGGCGCUGAGAGCAGAGGCCCUCCUACCUCCCCUGUGCUGUUUUUAUGACCCAGACGGUGCUGGGGUGCGUGUGGGCACAUAUGCCCAGAAUUGGGCACCUGUGGCACUGUUGAGUGGCAUUCCCGGGCGUGACAAAACAGAGGGGCACCCCCAGGGCCAACCCGAGAGUAGCUUCUUUUCCACUUCUGCCCCCUGGGAGAGAGGCAGGAGCGGCCGGCUUGUGCUGGAUGGCAGCUCUUCGCUGGGCAUUGAAUGCGGAAGGUUAUUCAGGCAGAGAAGCCUUGUUUUCCUUGAUGCAAAUUCUAGUUUCUUUAAU